CCCCCAAAUGGCCUGGCCAGAUGCGGCAGGUUUGCUGCUCAGCGCUGCCGCCGCCGCCACUGGAGAAGGCUCCGUGCAGCAGCUACAGCGACAGCAACAGCAGCAGCGAGAGGAGCAGCAGCAGCAGCGAGAACAGCAGCAGCAGGAGCAGCAGCAGCAGCAACAGCAGCAUCUCCCGUCCCGCUGCGCCCCCAGAGCCGCGGCCGCCGCAACAGCCGCAGCCCCGCAGCCCCGCAGCCCGGAGAGCCGCCGCCCGCUCGCGAGCCGCAGCCGCCGGCGGCAUGAGGCGCGACCCGGCCCCCGGCUUCUCUAUGCUGCUCUUCGGUGUGUCGCUCGCCUGCUACUCGCCUAGCCUCAAGUCGGUGCAGGACCAGGCGUACAAGGCACCCGUGGUGGUGGAGGGCAAGGUACAGGGGCUGGCCCCGGCCGGCGGCUCCAGCUCCAACAGCACCCGCGAGCCGCCCGCCUCGGGUCGGGUGGCGUUGGUGAAGGUGCUGGACAAGUGGCCGCUCCGGAGCGGGGGGCUGCAGCGCGAGCAGGUGAUCAGCGUGGGCUCCUGUGCGCCGCUCGAAAGGAACCAGCGCUACAUCUUUUUCCUGGAACCCACGGAGCAGCCCUUAGUCUUUAAGACGGCCUUUGCCCCCCUCGACACCAACGGCAAAAACCUCAAGAAAGAGGUGGGCAAGAUCCUGUGCACUGACUGCGCCACCCGGCCCAAGCUGAAGAAGAUGAAGAGCCAGACAGGACAAGUGGGUGAGAAACAAUCACUGAAGUGCGAGGCAGCAGCCGGGAACCCCCAGCCCUCCUACCGCUGGUUCAAGGACGGCAAGGAACUCAACCGCAGCCGAGACAUCCGUAUCAAGUACGGCAAUGGCAGAAAGAACUCACGACUACAGUUCAACAAGGUGAAGGUGGAGGACGCUGGGGAAUAUGUCUGCGAGGCCGAGAACAUCCUGGGGAAGGACACAGUCCGGGGCCGGCUCCACGUCAACAGCGUGAGCACCACUCUGUCGUCCUGGUCGGGGCAUGCCCGGAAGUGCAACGAGACAGCCAAGUCCUAUUGUGUCAAUGGAGGCGUCUGCUACUACAUCGAGGGCAUCAACCAGCUCUCCUGCAAAUGUCCAAACGGAUUCUUCGGACAGAGAUGUUUGGAGAAACUGCCUUUGCGAUUGUACAUGCCAGAUCCUAAGCAAAAAGCCGAGGAGCUGUACCAGAAGAGGGUCCUGACUAUCACCGGCAUCUGCGUGGCUCUGCUGGUCGUGGGCAUCGUCUGCGUGGUCGCCUACUGCAAGACCAAAAAACAGCGGAAGCAGAUGCACAAUCACCUCCGGCAGAACAUGUGCCCAGCCCACCAGAACCGGAGCUUGGCCAACGGGCCCAGCCACCCCCGGCUGGACCCUGAGGAGAUCCAGAUGGCAGACUAUAUCUCCAAGAAUGUGCCAGCCACAGACCACGUCAUCCGGAGGGAAACCGAGACCACCUUCUCUGGGAGCCACUCCUGUUCUCCUUCUCACCACUGCUCCACAGCCACGCCCACCUCCAGCCACAGGCAUGAGAGCCACACGUGGAGCCUGGAACGUUCUGAGAGCCUGACCUCCGACUCCCAGUCGGGCAUCGUGCUGUCAUCAGUGGGCACCAGCAAGUGCAACAGCCCAGCAUGCGUGGAGGCCCGGGCACGGCGGGCGGCAGCCUACAGCCUGGAGGAGCGGCGCAGGGCUGCCGUGCCCCCUUACCAUGACUCCAUCGACUCCCUGCGCGACUCCCCACACAGCGAGAGGUACGUGUCGGCUCUGACCACGCCCGCGCGCCUCUCUCCCGUGGACUUCCACUACUCGCUGGCCACGCAGGUGCCGACUUUCGAGAUCACGUCCCCCAACUCGGCGCACGCCGUGUCGCUGCCGCCCGCCGCUCCCAUCAACUACCGCCUGGCGGAGCAGCAGCCGCUCCUGCGGCACCCAGCGCCCCCCGGCCCCGGCCCUGGACCCGGGCCCGGCGCCGACAUGCAGCGCAGCUACGACAGCUACUACUACCCCGCGGCGGGGCCGGGGCCGCGGCGCGGGGCCUGCGCGCUCGGCGGCAGCCUGGGCAGCCUGCCCGCCAGCCCCUUCCGCAUCCCCGAGGACGACGAGUACGAGACCACGCAGGAGUGCGCGCCGCCGCCGCCGCGCGCCCGCGGCGCGUCCCGCAGGACGUCGGCGGGGCCCCGGCGCUGGCGCCGCUCGCGCCUCAACGGGCUGGCGGCGCAGCGCGCACGCGCGGCGCGGGACUCGCUGUCGCUGAGCAGCGGCUCAGGCGGCGGCUCGGCCUCGGGCUCCGACGACGACGCGGACGACGCUGACGGGGCGUUGGCGGCUGAGAGCACGCCUUUCCUCGGCCUGCGCGCGGCGCACGACGCGCUGCGCUCGGACUCGCCGCCGCUGUGCCCGGCGGCCGACAGCAGGACUUACUACUCCCUGGACAGCCACAGCACGCGGGCCAGCAGCAGACACAGCCGCGGGCCGCCCCCGCGGGCCAAGCAGGACUCGGCGCCCCUCUAGGGGCCCCGCCGCCCCCUCCGCCUCGCCCGCCCCCCUGUCUUUAAGGAGAACAGAGACCACCGACUGGAGAGAGAAAGGAGGAAAAAAAGAAAUAAAAAUAUUUUUAUUUUCUAUAAAAGGAAAAAGGUAUAACAAAAUGUUUUAUUUUCAUUUUAGCAAAAAUUGUCUUAUAAUACUAGCUAACGGCAAAGACGUUUUUAUAGGGAAACUAUUUAUAUGUAACAUCCUGAUUUACAGCUUCGGGAAAAAAAAAGAAACAACAAAAAAAAAGAGAGAUGGGCCAAUUUUUUGACUCUUUAAUAGAAACCUAUAUUGUGGUGCCUUUUGCUGUACGCUAAUCUGGAGCU